AUAUCUCUCUGUAAAAACAGACGUUUUUAUUGCUAUAAAAUUCGCGAUAUUAUAUUCAAUAUGAAGUUCUUAGUAGUUCUUCUGUCUCUCGCUGUAUUCUUGCAAUGCGAAGCUAAACUCUUGAAUAGAUGUGAGUUGGUUCAGCAGUUACGGAGUCAUGGGUUCCCUGAAGAUAAAAUGAGAGAUUGGGUCUGUUUGGUGGAAAACGAGAGUUCCGGACGUACGCACAAGAUUGGCAAAGUGAACAAGAACGGAUCCCGGGACUACGGCCUGUUUCAGAUAAACGAUAAAUAUUGGUGCAGCAAUACUAGCACUCCUGGUAAAGACUGCAACGUCACCUGCGCUGAUCUUAUUACUGAUGACAUCACGAAAGCGGCGAAAUGCGCUAAGAAAGUGUUCAAACGCCACGGCUUCAGAGCUUGGUAUGGAUGGAGGAACAAAUGCCAGGGUACUCUGCCUGAUAUCAGCUCGUGCUAGAAGAGAGAGGAAGGAAUAGAUACGAAGAGUUCUUUGAAUAAUCUC